AUGGACGGGAGAUCGGUGCAGUCCCGUUGCCAACAGACGCGGUCUUGGCAGCGUAACCAACUCCUGCCCCUUCAUCUCUUCACUCUAAAGGCUCUCUUCUCUUCUCAUUCCAUUUCCUUUUUUUCCUUUAUGAUAUCGGAGACGGAUCGCGUAUUCCAGUCGGUAAAGAAUGAGAACGAUGGGCGCAUUCUUCACCCGCGCGUCCUGAUGGUCUUUGGAUAUGCUUGCCCCGCUUACGAGUGCUACAAGGCAGUAGAAAUUAACAGGCUGGAGAUCGAGCAAUUGCGUUUCUGGUGUCAAUACUGGAUAUUGGUUGCUAUACUAUCUGUGUUAGAGAGAGUUGGUGAUGCCUUUAUUUCUUGGUUCCCAAUGCACAAUGAAGCAAAACUAGCGUUUUAUAUAUACUUAUGGUAUCCUAAAACAAAGGGAACAACAUACAUUUAUCAAAACUUACUUCAACCAUUUAUUGAAAAGCAUGAAACUGAGAUAGAUCGUAAUUUGCUCGAGUUCAAAACUAGAACUGGGGGUGUGAUGUUACAGGUUUGGCAGAAGACCGCAAAGUAUGGCCAGACGAGGUUCUUUGAAAUCUUGCAGGAUCUGGCUUCACGGUAUCAAUCACCACAAAAACAUACUGUUCUGGUAUGUCUUUAGUUGAACAAAUUGCAGGGGUUUUAUGCCUUCCUAUGCUACCUUCCUUAACCAAUGAACUAAAGAAUCACGCGGGAUUAAUAAUUCUUGGUAAUCUGCAAUUUUGUAGAUGAAAGUUUACCAGGUUCUACUCUACUUUGAUUAUGAGUAUGUAAAUUUAUAUUAAAAAGAUGUAUUCAGUGUUUCUUUUUUCAUUCCACUUGUGGAAAUAAAAUCCAUGUUAUGAUAUGACAUGGGAGUAAUUUGUUUUCUUUUUUUCCAAAAAAAAGGAGAAAUGUAUAUGCACAUAACUAGCUAUGA